UGCUUUGGCACACUCAUAUAAAAGAUACAAAAAACGUGGUGAAGUAGUCUGGUCACUUGGGAGUCGAGACUCUGUCUAAGAUUGCUCACAAGGAUCAUAGAAUAAUUUUAAGGACACAAAAAAAAAAAAAAACAAACAAAAAAUACACAGAAUUACAAAACUUUGAAAGGAAAAUUCCCAAGAGUAGGUAUACUAUAUCGCCUUACAGGAAAAAAAAAACAAGACAACGUCACGGAUAAACAUAUUCGAAGGAACAACAACAACAACAAAAAGAUGCAACGAGGACAUACAAUGCAACUGUGUUCGUGGAAGCAUACCAGCGAGCUAUUUGCGCUCGUGAUAAUUUUUUUUGUAAAUAUACAAAAUGCACACAAUCAACCUGUGGGAUCAUUCCAUUUACCAUCAUCGUCGGACAAUGACAAUCCAACAAUAGCACCGAAAUUCCUCUCCCGAGGCCAUCUAUACAAAGUGAUUGUUGGCGAGACCAUCGAAUUGCCAUGUAAAGUUCAAAAUCUCGGCUCAUUUGUUCUGCUAUGGCGAAAAGGAUCCUCUGUUUUAACUGCAGGACAUUUGAAAAUCUCUCGGGAUUCGAGAUUUAAAAUUGUCGGAGACUAUAAUCUACAGAUAAAUGGUGUAAAGACUCAAGAUGCUGGCGAUUAUAUUUGCCAAUUGGGAGACCAAGAGAAUCGUGACCAAGUUCAUACAGUUGAGAUUUUAGUACCGCCCACUUUAAGAGCCCUGCCACACAAUGGACAAGUGACAGCACGUAAGGGCAGUACGGUAACAUUGGAAUGCAAAGCAUCUGGGAAUCCGGUGCCAACGAUUUUCUGGUUUAAAAAGGACGUCUUCUCUGGGCCAACACAUCUCUCGGAUAGUUCAACACUAAUCUUGGAGAAUGUCGACCGACAUCAUGCCGGCAUAUAUCAGUGUUCAGCAGAUAACGGUGUCAAGGAGAGGGUCUCCAUGGACAUUCAGCUGACCAUAUUGUCUCCACCAGAAAUCACAGUGGAAAAGUCCUGGGUGCAUGCAGCGGAAGGAUACGAUAUUGAAUUGGUGUGCAUUGUCCACGGGGAUGUUAAUUCCGAGAUGCUUUGGUAUCAGAAUUCAUUUUUAUUGGAUCCAACUGAUCGUAGAUCAAUGCAUCCUCGUGAUGACCGUUAUAGUUUGGUAAUAAGGAAUUUCCAACAAUCGGAUUUUGGCAAUUAUAGUUGUGUAGCGGAUAAUGCAUUGGGAAGGACGAAAAAAUAUAUUGAAGUAUCGGGUAGACCGGGACCGGCGGAUUUUAUAUCGCCGGCAUUGAGUGGAGCGUUGGAUCAUUAUAAUUUAACGUGGACAAUUGAGUCGAUACCUAAUUUGGAGGAAAUUAAAUUGCUUUAUAGGAGAUUGUUGAUGAACGAAACGUAUCAGCAUCCUGGCAAGUGGCACGAGUUCCACAUCAAACCGAUACCAAUAAGGACCGAUGCCAGCCAUUUUAUAAUGUCGUAUGUCAUAAAAAAUUUAGAACAUAAUGCUGUGUACGAGACGAUUGUGCAGGCGAAAAAUCGAUAUGGAUGGAAUGAGAUAAGUGACAUCCAUCAAUUUUACACGAAAAAUCAUGAUAUGCUGCUGGAUAUCGAUAUGGAAUAUAAAAUGGGAAUUUCAGUCUCUGCGGGAAGCCACCUUAGCUGUCAUCGUCUAGUGACUGAAUAUCUGACGGGUCUAAUUGCAUUUUUUAUCAUUGCACUGACAACAUUUUAACAACAACGAAGUCAUCAGUAAAAAAGUUUUUAUCUCUCCUUGUUUUCUUUUUAUUUCUUUUUUUGUUAGUUUUAUGUUCCUGUAUUUUAAUUGUAUAAAAU